CUUACAAGCUUGAGAUGUUUUGAGUCCGGAUGAACUGAUCCUUGUUUCAAAGUUGUAGUCUGCCCGCUCCGGCGCCAUGGCUGCGGCCUCCGACCGUGGUGAGGUCGACACUGCACGGCCCUUCCGGUCCGUCAAGGAGGCCGUAGCCGUGUUCGGACACCGCAUACUUGUCGGCAACAACCAUUCCAGUCACAGCAGCACUGCGGCCGCCGCCAUUGCCAGCCCAAGCGCUAGUGCCAAUGCCACUGGCGUUGCUGCCACCCCGAGUGCCAAGCAUGAAGCAAGCAGUAGCAGCAGCACCAUGACCUUCUCUCCCACACCAAUGGCCGAGAGCGAGGCGGAGAUUAUACCUGCCACUGUGCCCUUGUACUCGGCGCCAUCCUCGCCGCCAUCUCUCGCGUCGUCACCUUCGCCGGUCAAGCCGUGCAGCGGUCACCGCGGCGACGAGUCAGCCGGUGGUCUGGUGAUCGUGCGCUCAAUCCAGAAGCUGGAGGCCGACGUGGCCGCGACGAGGAAGGAGCUGGCGCAGCUCGGGAAGCGGGGGAACGAGAUGGAGAAGGCGCUCGUCAGCCUCAGCGCGCAGCUCCACCGGGGCCUCUCGAAGCUCGCGGAGAUGGAGGCCGACAGGGCGGCGGGACGCGGCCGCAGCAUCGCGUGCGACACCGACGUGGCGUCGUUCUCGCUCCGGAGCGAGCAGUGGGGCGACAGGCUCGCCGCGAGCGAGUACCUGCCGUCCUUCUCCCACGCGCUGAGCCUCGGCGAGAUGGACGACGUGGAGCUCAUGGGCGGCCAGAGGAGGAAGGCGCAGAAGGUCAAGCCCAUCGUGCCGCUUAUCGGCGACAUCCUCUUCUCCAGGAGGAAGAGCACCAAGGAGAAGGGUGAUGACGGCUCCUACAGUGGUGAUCUCUACGGCGUGCUAGGCUAGGCUGAUGGUCAGCGCUAAAUUCUGUGUGCAGUGUGCUCAUCUGUGUAUCAAGCAUGGCAGCUUGCAUUGUUUUUUUUUUCUUGUUUUGCUUGGCUGUUUUCUCUAUUCUUCUGCUGUUAUUGCUUGCGUGGCUUGUGCAGGGGAGUUGCAUUUGUGUAAAUGUACAAACAUGUUGAUAUAACCUCAGGUCAUGAAUG